AUGACGCUACCAGAUGUACAAAGAAGAGGGGAAAACGUCAUAAAUCAGUACCCUCGGGAAAACGCCCUUUGGCAGUUCCUGUCAAAAUCUACUUGCAUAUUCGUCAUUGCUGCUUCAAAACUCUUCAUGAAAUGCUUCUACAAAGUAGAACUAGAGAAUUUCGAAACUUUGCACAAAUCCAUGGAGGAGGCUAAAAGAACAGGUAGGGGAUUUGUCACCAUUAUGAACCAUUCCUCGGUCGUUGACGACCCAUUCGUAUGGGCAUGUCUCCCAUUGAAAAUGUACGCAAACUUACAAAAUAUCAGAUGGUGCCUGGGGGCCAAAAAUAUUUGCUUCUCAAACUGUAUAUACGGGAACUUCUUUUCCUUGGGGCAAGUACUCCCCACGGAAAGGUUUGGGAAGGGACCCUUCCAGGAUGCGAUUGACGGAUCCAUAGCAAUCCUUAACUCGCAAUGGAAAAGACAUUCUUCCUGGGUACACAUCUUCCCAGAGGGGUACGUCCUUCAACUGCAACAACCAUACAAUAACUCAAUGCGGUACUUUAGAUGGGGGGUCUCCAGAAUGAUCCUGGAGACAGAUCGGCCACCUGUAGUGCUGCCCAUCUUCACCACAGGGUUUGAGAAAAUGUUCACAGAGAGUAACGACGUCAACAUCUUCAAAAACACUUGGAAAACUAUGGGAUCCACGGCGAAAAUAUCAGUAGGACAACCUGUUCCCGAUGAAAUCAUAGUAAGGUACAGGGAACAAUGGAAAACCCUCAUGGACAAGCACUUGAAGGAGGGGGAAACUGACUUGAACGACGAAUUGAAGUACGGGAAAGAAGCCACAGAUUUAAGAUCCCAACUCGCUGCAGAAUUAAGGGAACAGGUUGCCCAAAUAAGGGAAAAGAGGAAAGAUCUGCAGCCAGAGGACCCAAGAUUCAAAUCAGUAGAUUGGUGGACAAAGUAUACCAAAACAGAGGGCGCCUCGGACCCAGAUAUUAAAUUCAUCGGUGUCAACUGGGCUGUUAAGAGGUUCCAACCCCAUGUUAAUAACGACGAUCAAUGA